GCAGCCAAGGGGAACCAGGAACCGAUGGACCUCCAGGACGAGAUGGGGUACGAUAUAUUCCGACGGCCGGUGAUCCUGGCGCACCUGGAAGUCCAGGACAACCUGGGAAACAAGGAGAGCGCGGAAGAAAUGGUUUACCCGGUACUCAAGGCGAAACUGGGCCUCUCGGUCCGCAGGGCCGUCCGGGCAAUGCAGGAACACCGGGUCCACCCGGACGACCCGGUGAACGAGGAUUAUCGGGUUCCGAUGCGCGGUAUUGCCCAUGCCCACCAAGACAACUGUGAAUGAUA